AUGGUUGACUUGACUCUUUUGUCACACGCAUCCUUACUAAUCAUAAGAACAGUUGUUCCAGACCAGUUCAAUGGAAUUUUUGUGAUCUGUUGACACAGAGAGAGAGAGAGAGAGAGAGAGAGAGAGAGAGAGAGAGAGAGAGAGAGAGAGAGAGAGAGAGAGAGAUGGCUUAUGCUGCUGUGAGUUCUCUUCAGCAGACAAUUGAGCGCCUUUUAACUUCUUCACAUAUUUCGAUUGUUCAAAAUUCCGGCACACAUGCCAUAGAACUUCUAUACAAGGAGGCUCGUUCUUUACACGAAACUCUAGAAGGAUUCAACACAAAGAAGAGCAUCAUGAACAUGAAGAGGGUGAAAAUUUUGGAGGGAGAAAUCAUGGAUGCAGUAUGUGAGUUUGAAGAUGUAGUUGAAUCCCAUGUCUUGAAUCAGUUUCCUUCACAAUCCGAACAAAGCAUCGCCGAAGACGAGAUUCGUUCUCCGUUGUUAUUCUCCGUGGACCUGCAGGAACUAAUACGGGAAAUCGGUUCCUUCAUCAAAGUGGUUAACAAGAUGAACGAAGCCUACAUUCACGAGUUAUCCAACCCUUUGCCCGAAGAAGAACAUAAUCGUGUUAUCCCGUCAAGAAUUGAUUUUAGUGGAAAUGAGUCAAAGAUGGUCGGAUUAUCUAAUCAGUUUAUCCAAAUCAAACAUUUGUUUGUGACAAACUAUUCGCUCCGUCCACGGAUUAUUGUCUCGCUCUAUGGUAUGGCGGGAAUUGGUAAGACUACUCUAGCCAAGAAACUCUUCCAAGAUCCGUUUAUUUUGGGUACGUUUGAAAGACGUGCGUUUGUCACCAUUGGCCCGAAAUAUCUGUUGGAAGGACUCUUGCUUGAUAUUCUAAUACAAGUGAGUCCCGACUCGGAAAUGAUUAUUAUCGAUGGAGAAUUAUUGUCCGAGUUGAAAAGGAUGGUGUUCGAGAGUUUAAAGGAUCGGAGAUACUUGAUUGUGUUGGAUGAUGUAUGGGAAGCAAAGCUCUGUUGCGACUUGGUGAACGUAUUUCCAGCUGGCGGUAUUCGAGGCAGAGUCUUGGUGACAACAAGGUUACAUGAAGUAGCUCAAAUUGCAUACAAGAAUUGUGAAUAUAGAUUACCCUUCCUAAAUAAGAAAGAAAGUUGGGAUCUUCUUCGUGACAAGGUGUUUGGUGAAGAAUAUCCGUGCUCUUACGAACUCGAGAAAGCUGGAAAGAAGAUUGCCGAGCAUUGUGAAGGCCUUCCUCUUACAAUCGUCACUGUUGCUGAUAUCCUAUCCAAAGCCGACAAGAAUCCAGAGUACUUAAACGAGGUAGCUGCCAAUAAGAAGCAUUCGGUUUUCGUAGAUGCAUAUGAUCAAAUGUCAGAGGUAUUAUAUCCAAGCUAUGACUACUUAGAUCAACAUUUUAAAGCAUGCUUUCUCUACGCUGGAGCUUUCCCUCAGAAUUAUUGGAUACAUUAUAAUGACAUCUCAAACUUGUGGAGCGCUGAAGGAUUUCUCGAUUCAGCUGAACAAUUUCGUGAAAGAAUUAAUUACAUGGAACUGGCUGGGACUUUCGCAGAGGCUAGUAAUUAUUAUAUGUAUGAGCUUUUUUCCAGUAGUGUUCUUAUGUUGGACAAGGAAGAAGUCGGUUGUCGCCUCCACUCAUCGUUUUGGUAUUUGUGUAACAAAGAAGCUGCCAAGAGAAGGUUUUUCUAUGCCUUAAAUGGUUCUGGCGAUGGUUUAGCAGAACAAGGUAUAAAAAUUAAAAACCAACGGCGAUUGUGCAUCCGAAAUAGCAUCUUAUUUGCCAUGAAAGAUGUGUACAACUCAAUGGCAUCAGUUUCUAUGGUGCGUUCUCUCUUAUGUAGUGGUCCGUAUAAUCAAUAUCCUGUACCAAUAUGUUUGGAACCUUUAAGGCUGCUCAGGGUAUUUCACGCUCUUACAAUCAGAUUCUACGAGUUUCCGAUGGAAGUACUGAAAUUAGUUCAGGUAAGAUACCUUGCCCUCACUUACAACGGAAACCUCCCUGCUUCCAUAUCCAAACUCUGGAACCUUCAGUGGUUGAUUGUCUACCGACACCUGAUCAUCAUAGAAUCUGCUAAAAAAAGAUCGUCGGAUAUGCCAAUGGAGAUAUGGGAUAUGAAAGAAUUGAAGGAUCUUCGAAUCAUGGGAAGCAACCUAUCACAUCCUCGUGAAGAAUCUUUCUUACCAAACCUCUUAACACUUUAUAACGUGAACCCUCAAAGUUGUACCAAAGACGUUUUUGAAAGAAUCCCUAAUCUAAUGAGGUUAGGAAUUCAAAUCGAAUUGGCCCCUGAUAGCGUCGAUCCCUUGAGCUGCUUCGAUCAUGUUUCCCAUCUCCAUAAACUAAAAACACUAGAAUGCGUCAUUGUCAAUCCUACCCUCAAGGCUGAGAUUGUUGCCCCACUUGCUCCCCUUUCAGACUUCCCAUCAAGUCUUACACUUUUAAUUUUGGUUGGUCUAGGAUAUCCAUGGGAAGAAAUGAGCAAGAUUUCUUCGUUGCCAAAUCUUAAGAAUCUGGCAUUGUUGUGCUAUGCCUUUCGAGGCCCAAAGUGGGAAGUUCGUGACAACGAGUUCCAACGCCUUCAGUCUCUUACAGUUAAAGACACUGAUCUAGAGCAAUGGACGUUUCAAAAUUAUUCGUGUCUCCCAGUGACUAAGUCUCUUAGCAUCGCACAUUGCUACAAGUUAAAAGAGAUCCCUCUCGCAUUUGGUAGAUUUCUUGAACAGGUUGAGGUAGUUGAUUGCAACCCUCUUGCUGUGAGAUGUGCGGAGGAUGAGAAUACGUGACUAUAGCUUAGUCGUCUAAAUUAUUUAUUAUGUAUUUUCUAAUGUUUAGUCAUUCUUGUUGAAAAACAUAUACAUGUUAUUUAUGUAUAUUGUGUUUCCUCAUCUAUAUUUGUUGGCUACAAGUUGAUGUAUAAUCAA